UGCAUCGAUGCUACGAUCUGCAGUCUGCAGUCGUAGUGUCACAAACCGCUUGCUUAGCAGACGGACGGCCAGUACGUUCAUCGACGUUCUGCGCGGACGUGCGUUUUAAAGUGCGAGGAAUACUCCACGUUCCGUCUCAAUCAACUUGCGCAGCAGGACGAGAUGCCAGUGAAUAUUAAUUGGCCCGCGGUGAUGGCGACUGCCAUCCCCAACUUCGGCUCCGUCACCACUGGUUAUUUUGUAAAGAGAAACAUCCACUGGUUCGAGUCCCUGAAGAAGCCGUCCUGGAUGCUGCCGGCCUGGUCGAUCGGGCCUAUGUGGACCGGCUUCUAUUGUACAUUAGGCUACUCGUCGUACAUGGUGUGGCGGGACGGGGGUGGUUUUGAAGGAGCAUGUGCGCCACUCACCAUCUACGCCUCCAAUAUCAUUCUCAACUGGUCGUGGGUGCCGCUGUUCUUCGGCACUCGACGCAUCAAAUGGGCUCUCUACGAGAACGCGGCGUUGUGCAUCAACACGGCGGCGCUUCUACUCACGUUCCACGAUGUGAACCCCACCGCAGCCUACCUCAACAUCCCCUACUUGUGCUGGAGCAUUUACGCUGUGGCGGUCAAUUACUUCAUCUAUCGGGAGAACAAACAGAUCCCCGCCGAUGAAAAGGUCGCGGAUGAGAAGGUCAAGGAAGUUGCAUUUUCGUAGGCAGACGAAAGCGCGGGAGCGGGAGCAGACGGAGCUCGGCUUUUCUAGUUCGCGUUUCGGAAGAGGCGUAUCUCACAGGCUUAACGCUAAUGAUGGGUUAACGAGCGUAAUGUAAUAAAAAAUUACGUAAGAAAGAAGACGAGAAUAUCCAAGGGUAUAAAACAACAAUCGAUAAAAAUAUCCAGUCAACGUGAUCGAUCAUCUUUGAAAAUAUUAGAUUUCUCGACUGGACAUUUCCUAUCUAUUCUCGCGAUCAUUCUUGCGCGCGAAUUUACGACCUCGGACAUUUGAGAAAAGAAAAGAGAAAGAGAGGCAGUGACUGAAAUCGCUUGGGGAUUCGCGGAAAGCGGACGAUCAAACGCCCAUCGUCAGUUACUUUACUUUUUUUUCUUUUUUUUCUUACAAUCAACGUUACUGUUGCACCAUCGCAGUGCGGUCAAGAGCGACGAGACAAGUGCCUUGCAUUGAACGCACAACGCCGUGUAGUAUACACAUGUUUAUUAAUCGAUAUGAAAUAAAGAUUAGUUAAUCCGA